CACUCCCUAAAUUAUUUUCUUUUCUUUCUUCCUCCAUACCAAUUAUUUUCUAAAAAUUAAUUGACAGAAAUAUAAAAUCCACAAUUUUUAGGAAGCAUAUGACAAAGUUUGUUGGAAUUUUAUUGAUUACAUGUUGAUAAGGACGGGAUUUACUGAAAAAUGGAGAAAAUGGAUCCAAGAAUGUCUAAGAUCAAGCUCAAUUUCUAUUCUCAUUAACGGAAGCCCAACAAAAGAGUUCUUGGUAGGCAAAGGCAUUCGACAAGGCGACCUGUUAUCCCCCUUCUUAUUCCUUAUUGUGGCAGAAGGGUUAAAUGGAUUAGUGUCCUCUACAGUGGAGAAGAAACUAUAUAAAGGUGUCACGGUGGGCAAUGGAGAUACAAUGGAUAGACACUUACAAUUUGCUAAUGACACUACUUUCUUUGAUGAGGCAACUGAUGAAAACAUAAGGGUGGUCAAAAGGAUUAUGAGAACUUUUGAGUUGGCUUCAGGGCUAAAGAUUAACUUCACGAAAACAAAAAACAAAGAGGGAUUGUGGAAGAAAGUAAUUAUUGAAAGACUUGGUGGUGGAGGAAACCAUUGGCUAGAUUGGGUAAAAGGGAACAGAGGAGUAGGCUUAAUAUGGUGGAGAGAUGUGUGCCGUCUUGAUUCUUUGGAUGGAGAGAGUGGAGGGUGGUUGAUAGAGGGUUUUAGAAUAAAGAUAGGGAAGGGAAAAAGGAUUAGUUUUUGGUGGGAUCAUUGGUGUGGGGAAGGAUGUCUUGCUAAUAGGUUUCCAAGAUUAUGUUUGUUAUCAACAAGUAAAGAGAACAUGUGCUAUCAGAUGGGCAAUGCUAAUGAUGGAUCAUGGAAAUGGAACCUAAAGUGGAGAAGGAACUUGUAUGAUUGGGAAGCUAACGAAGCCAUAGAACUUCAGAAGAUGAUAGAAGAAGUGAAGAUAUUAGAAGGUGGCCUUGACAUGUGGGAAUGGAUUCAUGACAAGGACGGCAACUAUUCAGCCAAAACUGCUUAUUCUCUUCUAACGAUGGAGCAAGGGAAAUCAAAUGAAUAUCUAACAGUCCUUUGUGUCCCUCGGGAUUUUGAUUUCUUCUACCUCGUUCAACAAUGGCCGGGCUCAUACUGUGACACAAAGAAAGCCUGCUGUUAUCCCACAACUGGAAAGCCUAAUGCGGACUUCUUCAUCCAUGGUCUUUGGCCUAAUUACAAGGAUGGAACUUAUCCUCAAAAUUGUGAUCCUGAAAGUUCUUUUGAUCCAUCUCAGAUUUCAGACCUAAGGAGCAGCCUGCAAAAGAACUGGCCUACCCUGGCCUGCCCUAGUGGGGAUGGGACAAGCUUUUGGUCUCAUGAAUGGGAGAAGCACGGUACAUGUUCGGAGCUAAACCAACAUGAUUACUUUGACACAACCCUCAACCUGAAGCAGCAGACUAGCCUCCUCAAGGCUCUUAAAAGUGUUGGAAUUAACCCCAAUGGAGGGUUUUAUAGCUUGUCCAGCAUCAAAGACGGAAUAAAAACAGCAGUAGGAUAUACUCCUUGGAUUGAGUGCAACACCGAUCCAUUGGGGAAUAGCCAGCUGUACCAGGUGUAUCUAUGUGUUGACACUUCUGGGUCCAACCUCAUUGAGUGCCCUGUGUUUCCAAGGGGAAGAAAAUGUGGUUCAGAGAUUGAGUUCCCUUCUUUCUAGAUUAAAAUUUGUUUAAAUCUAGUUAAAUAUUGAGGCUAAAAAAUAAAACUCAGUUCUUAUUAUUUAUUAGUCAUUGCCCUUUAGAUUGUCAUAAAUGUAUUAUACUAACGGCUCGUUUUGCUUCAAUUGUUAUAAUAAAACUGAUAUAAGAUG